AGUUUGGUUACGUAUUCCAUCACUCGAAGCCGGAUUACGUGGUAAUGAAUAAAUGGCUGUCCAAUGAGCCCAAGAAUAUUCCGGACUACGCGCACACUAACAUCGGCGUCGGAGGGCUGGUAGUCGAUGACAAGGACCGGGUGCUGGUCGUCAAGGAGAAGCACUUUUUCGGACCGAAACAGAUCUGGAAAUUUCCGGGCGGUUACGCCAUUCAGGGCGAGGAUUUCGGACAGACAGCCGUCCGGGAAGUGCUCGAAGAGACGGGCAUUGAAUGCGAGUUCCAGUCAGUGAUAGCCUUCCGACACAUCCACCGGUUCGCCUUCGGCUGCAGCGAUGUCUACAUUGUCUGCCAUUUGAAGCCCAAAGCCGACAGUGAUUCAGAUGGAAGUGAUGGAAAUGGAUUGGUGGUGAAGAAGUGCGCGUACGAGAUAGACGACUGCACCUGGAUGUCCAUCCCGGAGCUCAAACCACAGUUGACUCAAUUCAAUGCUCAUAUACUCGAGAAGUUUCUGUCGUAUAGGGAAAUGGGUGUCAAAAUCGGUUUAGAGUCCAUUCCAUCGAUUAUCAAGAAUAUUGAUCACCAAACCUAUUCCAUACACAAAGUUCUUUGA